AUGGAAGCAACUAUGGCGCCGCAGAUUUCAGGCGUGUCCCUCGGGAUGCUGAUUAUGGAUGAGAUCAGAAUGCCUAACAAGGCACCACUUCACAACGUCAUCGGCGGCUCAUCAACAUUUGUAACACUGGGCCUACGUCUCUUCGCCAGCGACCCAUCAUCAGUAGGUUGCCUGAUUCUCGCAGGCUCAGAUUUCCCUCCCUCAGUCGAAGACGAAGUGAGGGCGUGGGACACGACGCUCGUGCUGCAGAAAGACGCCACAAAGCGCUCAUCGCGUGGCCUACUGGUGUACGAAGACGACACCUUCGGCCCCAAAACCUUCGAGUACACAACGCCGCCAAUACGUGCCGCGCCGGGGCAUCUCAUCGACACGCCGCUGCUGGGUGCUAGGGCAUUCCACAUGUUCGGCCGCCCAGAAGAAGUCCUGGUCCAAGUCCCCGAACUCCUGCGUCUACGACACUCCCACGAUCCUUCCCUACCCCGUCCGCUCAUCGUCUGGGAACCACUCCCAUCAUCAUGCCAUCCCUCCGCCCUACCCACCUUCCUCUCAGCCAUGCCCCUAGUCGACGUCUUCUCGCCCAACCACCUCGAGCUCGCCGCGCUCUUCCAUCCAGACAGCGCAACAACCACACUGCAGCACCUCGCCAACCUAGGGGCCGCGUUCCUCGACGCCAGGAUCGGCCCAGACGGCAAUGGUACGCUCGUAGUUCGCGCAGGCGCUGACGUGUCGCGGCGCCUGAGUCUGCGCACAUCCAAGUCCACGUCCCGGCUUUCCACGCUCAGGGAUCCAAAGAAGUCGUCGAUCCCACGGGCGCGGGCAAUGCGUUUCUCGGCGGUUACAUGGCCGGGUGGCUGCGUGCGGGCGGUGUUGCCAUUGACACCUAUGACAAUGAUCCUAACACGCAUGCCAACGACUCCAACACACACAACAAUGCUGACGCUGAUGCGCGUACUCAGAAAACGCUGA